AGCCGCAUCUGUUUAGUUUUAAGCAACAACUAAUGUUCACACACACACUAAAUUGUACCUUUGAAUUAUGCAUUCAUAGAAUGUAACCAUUCGUUUACUUGUUCACGAUUCAUUCAACAGUUACCAUUAAACGAGUGUUAAAUUUUGAUUGUUUUAAUUCAAUAUUUUUCAAAAAUUUCAAGUUAAAUAAAUUUAAAAUGGCCACCGUCGGUCGGAUGGCUGAAAAUCAAAUUCACAAAGGUUCCAAAACAUCAUCAUCAUUCUCAUCAUCUGCAACAGGAAAAAAAAGCACACAGAAUGUAUCGAAGUCAGCAACAAAUGCAACAAAUUCGUUUCAGCCAAUGUCAUUAGAAGAGAUUCAACCAGAAUUAAUUGCCUAUGGUCCGAAUGGUGAUAUGAUCACCAUACAGCAUGAUGUACCAGCAAAAAAAGCAUUUCAAUUGCUUAAAGAUGGGAAUAUGUUGGAAUUUCCUCGAAUAGUAUUCAUCACUCACGGAUUCUGGGGAAGUGCACGUUCUAAAUGGAUACAUGAUCUGAAACAAAAAUUCUUUGAAGAAUCUGAUCAAACGUUCAUCAUUCUAGGCUGGGGUAAAGGUGCCGAAUUGCCUGCAUUCAAAUAUGCACAGGCCGUAGCUAAUGUUGAAACUGUGGCCAAAUGGUUUUCAAAUUAUGUGCUUGAAUUGAAGAGAAAAAAUAUUACCAAAAACAUUAGUAAAGGUUCCAUUUGGGGCAUCGGCGAAGGUAUCGGAGCACAUAUCAUGGGUUUAGCUGGCAGAUGGUCACAGCAUGCAUUCAAUCGAAUCACAGGAUUGGAUCCAGCCGGGCCAGGAUUCGAAUUGGUUAAUGAGAAUUUAAUGUUACGUAGUGAUGAUGCACCAUUUGUCGAUGUGGCUCAUACAGAUUCUCAUCAUGAAUUUCGAUCAUCCGAACAUUAUGCCUUGAUCAACAAAUAUGGAACAUUGAAACCAUGUGGCACUUUAGACAUAUACGUCAAUUAUGGCUAUAAUCAACCAAAUGCAGCCGAUUUUACUAAUGCUGGAUCACAUUUACGUUCAAUUGAAUUAUUUGCUUGGAGUAUUGAAAAUCCAGGAGAACUACGAACACAGUUCUGUCUGAAAGAAAUGCCCGUUAUUGAUAGACCAGUUGAUAAAGUAAAACGUACUGUACAACCAGCCGAAAUGGGAUAUUGGGCCGAUCCAAAAGCAACCGGAUGUUAUUAUCUUGAAACUAAUGGCGAAGAACCUUGGAAGGAGGGAUUUUAGAUUUCGAAAUGAAAGAUGAAAAUAAUUUCCAAAUCAGUUUUUUUAAUGACUGAUGAUGCAGUGACACAGUUAUGAUGAUUUCGCUGACUGUGCAAAUAUUGUGAAUCUGAUUUUACACACACACACACACAUCGUUUUUCAUUGUCCUUUUAUAAUCAUUACAUGAUUGACGAUGAGUAUCUUUAUACUAGUCUUCAUCAUCUUGAAUAUACCUUCUUGCCAUUUCUUUUUCCUUUUAUCUAUCCGAUCGACACCAUUAAAAAAUCGCAGUUUUGUUACAAAACAAAAUUCAUUUCAUUUUCGAUAAUAAAAUGAUUUAAAAAUUCCAAAAAA